GGUCUUCUUUUAUACUACAACAAUAUCAAUAGUCAAUAGAGCUAAGAUUCGAAGUUGUUUUGGAAAAUUUUCACCCGGAUUCCGAAACCGUAAAGGACGAUAAGAAUUAACCUUACUGUGUCACGUUCUACACGACCGUUCUAUACCAACCAGCCAUGAGUGUGAAAACUGAGUAAGUCAGCCAUUCUCUCCUCGCUUAAUGGGGAAUUAUUGAGAAAUAUCCCCAAAUUCAUUGAGAAUAUUCUCCGUCCCACAUGAAGCUAACAUACCAAUCACCUACUCAGUUUCCCGCCCAUUCGAGCAUGUCUCUUCGAUAUGGAUGGUCUCCUAAUAAAUACUGAAGACAUGUACACCCUAUGCGCCAAUCAUGUUCUCGCCACCUACAACCGGCCUCCUCUCCCUUGGUCCAUCAAAGCCAAACUCAUGGGGGUUCCCGGUGGUUCCACUAGUUCUGUAUUCAUGGACUGGGCUCAACUUCCCAUCAGCAAAGAACAAUACGCCUUAGAACAACGCGAACAACAACGUCUCCAUUUUCCAGAAUGUAAAGCCUUACCAGGCGUUGAGAAAUUACUCAGAGACUUGAGUACAGCACGUGAUGUGAAGGGUAACAAAGUGCAUAUUGCAUUGGCGACGAGUAGUGAAAAGUAUAAUUUUGGGUUAAAGACGAGUAAAGAUGAAACGAGGAAGUUGCUUGAAGUUUUUCCGGAGGGGAGACGAGUUUUGGGUGAUGAUCCCAGGGUUGAGAAGGGAAGGGGAAAACCCGCGCCGGAUAUUUAUUUGUUGGCUUUGAAGUUAAUUAAUGAGAGCUUGGGAGAGAAUGAGAGGCCCAUAAAACCAGAAGAGUGUCUUGUUUUUGAGGAUUCAGUGCCGGGAGUGGAGGCGGGGAGAAGAGCGGGGAUGAGAGUUGUUUGGGUUCCUCAUGAGGGGUUGGCAGCCGAGUAUAAAGGACAGGAGGAAAUGAUAUUGGCUGGGAGGAUGGGUAUGAUGAUAGGAAAUGACGAACAAUUGGGUGAUGUUGGUGACGGCCGGGGUCAAUUUCUCCAUAGUUUGGAGAAUUUUCCCUAUGUGGCAUAUGGAAUCGUCAUUUCAUAGAAGUGUCUCAUGUAGACUCCGAGCUCAGUAGAUUAGACUAGAAUGCUUAUGGAAAUAUUCAAUGGAAGACAAGUAGCCUCAAACAUGGACUUCAGGCUUUCAUAAAAAUAUUGUAUUGUUGGUGCACGCGGUUGCAGGUCUUUCAGAGGAUCUCGUUCCUGUAGUGCUUAAUUCCUGCGGUCAGAAUCUACACAGGACAACUUUGUCGAAUAGUUAUUGC